AGGAGACAAGAGGAGUGAGGAUCCUGAUCACAAGAGCUUACAAUCUAUGAGGAGGAGGAGACAAGAGGAGUGAGGAUCCUGAUCACAAGAGCUUACAAUCUAUGAGGAUAUAGGAAUAAACAAAUUAAUAUUUAUACUGUUGCGCCCCGCCCACUCCUAUCACAUGAUCAUCAUCAAAGGUCCUUCACCAACAAUCUCUUCUAUCCUCAAGAGCUCCGCCCCCACAUGUAUUGGUCACGUUGUUGUGACAUCAUCACAGGUCCUACACCUCCGGCAUGUAAUAGAUACAGCCCCAAUCGUAAGGAUGGACAAGGACAGGAAUGAGAUGACUAAGAGAAUAUUCCACCUCACCUUGGAGAUCCUCCACCUGCUGACCGGAGAGGAUUACACCAUAGUGAAGAAGACAUCGGGGGAGUGUGUGGCCCCCAGCAGCCAUCUCCAGGAGUCAGGAGGACGGAGCAGGGCCCGGGGCCCCAUCAUGGAGCCUCCACCUCACUCACCGAUACAUGAGAAGAAGAUCCUAGAACUUAUCCACAGAAUCACUGAACUGCUGACUAGAGAGGUUCCUAUAAGGUGUCAGGACGUGGCGGUCUAUUUCUCCAUGGAGGAGUGGGAGUAUGUAGAAGGACACAAGGAUCAGUACAAGGAUCAGGUCAUGAUGGAGGAUCAGCAGCCCCUCACAUCACCAGGCAAGCUCCAAGCAUCUUCCUCUGUGUAACAUGACACAGCAUAAAACCAGAGAGGAAAGGGUUACAGAGUAGAGAGUGCUGAUUGGCUGACUGCACAGGCUGGCU